AUGGCGUCAAUCAACCUUCAUCUUCGGUCCGAAUUGGGCAAGGCAUUGGAACAUAGAAGUGCCCUCACCCCAACUACAACUAAGAAGCUCAUUGAGGCUGAUUAUCGGGUCAAUGUCGAGCGCAGCCCACAGAGAAUCUUCGACGAUGAGGAGUUUGAGAAGGCGGGUGCGACUCUCGUUGAGGAGAAUACCUGGCGCAAUGCUCCCAAGGAUACCAUUAUCAUCGGCCUCAAGGAGCUGCCGGUCGAGGAAUUCCCUCUAGAGCACGUCCAUGUCCAAUUCGCCCACUGUUACAAGGAACAAGGAGGAUGGGAGACGGUCCUGGCUCGCUUCCCACGAGGUGGUGGAACUCUACUAGAUCUCGAAUUCCUACAGCACGAGGAUGGACGUAGAGUGGCCGCUUUUGGAUACCACGCUGGAUUCGCAGGAGCUGCGUUGGCACUUGAAAACUGGGCAUGGCAACUCACCCACCCAAAAAACGAGCCCUUCCCAUCGGUAUCGAGUUAUCCUAACGAGAACGACUUGAUCGCAGAUGUCAAGAAGGCGAUUGCACAAGGAUCAGAGAAGACCGGCAAGGCACCAAGAGUCCUUGUCAUUGGAGCCUUGGGUAGAUGUGGUAGUGGUGCAGUCGAUUUAUGCUUGCGUGCUGGUGUUCCGACUGAGAAUGUGAUCAAGUGGGAUAUGGCGGAGACAGCUAAGGGUGGCCCAUUCCCAGAAAUUAUCGAGAGUGACAUCUUCGUCAACUGCAUUUACCUCACCUCUAAGAUCCCCAAUUUCGUCGACAUGAAGUCGCUAGAUACCCCAGGCCGCAAGCUGUCCGUCGUUUGCGAUGUGUCAGCAGAUACGACUAACCCAAACAACCCGAUCCCUAUUUACACGAUUGCCACUACAUUUGACAAGCCGACGGCCCCUGUAGAGGUCAAGAAUGAUCCCCCUGUCACGGUUAUUUCCAUCGACCAUUUGCCAUCACUUCUACCACGUGAGGCAUCCGAGAGCUUUAGUGAGGCACUUCUGCCGUAUCUCCUCGAGCUCAAGGACUGGAAGCACAAUCCAGUUUGGAGCCGUGCGGAUAAGUUGUUCAGAGAGAAGGUGGCAACACUACCAAAGAGUGCUUUAGAGUAG